AUGGCUUCCAGCACAGCUGACCCAAGCAGCAUCUCCCACAAUGCCAGCCUCUGCCUUCCUCACCACCCACCCCGGGCGGCCAGCGUGACACUCUCUCUGUUCUACACCCUCCUCUUGGUCUUCAGUGCCCUGGGAAACAUCCUUGCCCUUUGCCUUGCCUGUCGAAAGGGCAAGAAGGUCAACUCAACAGGUGUCUACUUGGUCCACCUGGCAGUGUCCGACCUCCUGUUCACACUGGUCCUGCCUGGAAAGAUCACCUACUAUGUGCUGGACUUCAGCUGGCCUUUUGGCGAAGGGCUCUGCAGGCUGACGGCAUUCACAUUCUAUGUGAAUACGUACGGAGGGAUCUACCUCAUGACGUGCGUGAGCGUGGACCGUUACCUGGCUGUGGUCCACACCCACCAGUGCCCCCACCUCCGCAGAGUGGGCCGAGCAAGGCUCGUCUGUGUGGCUGUCUGGGCCCUGGCAGUUCUGCAGACGAUGCCCCUGCUCUUGAUUUCCAUGACCAAGCCUGUGGCAGGCAAGAUCACCUGCAUGGAGUUCGUCAGUGUCAAGGGAUUCUUCAGGCUGCCACUCAUUGUCCUAGGGGCCUGUGUGAUAAGCUUCUGUGGGCCAGUGGGGAUCAUGCUCUUUUGUUACCUGAAGAUCACCAUGAAGCUGUGUAGGACAGCCCGGGACAACCCUCUGACGAGCGAGAAAGGGCACCACCGGAGGGCCUGCCUGCUCAUUCUGAUGGUGCUGGUGGCUGUGCUUGUGUGCUUCAGCCCCUACCAUCUCAACAUCAUCCAGUUCAUGGGGAGACAGCUGCUCUCCCAGCCAUCCUGCUCGGAGCAGAGGGCUUUCCAAGUGUCCCUUCAGCUCACGGUGUCCCUCAUGAACAUGAACUGUGGCAUCGACCCAAUCAUUUACUUCUUUGCAUCCACACAUUACAGGAAAUGGCUCCUCCGCCUUUUCAAACUCAGGGCUUCAGAGCCCUCCUCCCCCUCUUCCCUGGGAAGAGCUUCCUCAGAAACACAGAGUAUCAACCAGACUACAGGCUCCCGGCCCUUAGAGGAGAAUAAAGUCUAA